AUGUCAUCUUUUCUCAAACUCCCUUCUCCCCCUCUCCCCCCACACCUCCAGGCCCUCCAAGCUGCCGCCCGCCGCCAAGAGCCCGGCUCCGGCUACUCUGCCAACCUGCGACCCCUCCGCAAGCGCCUCUCAGCCGCCGACCUCCCUAACCCCUACCUCAUUUCUCCCGGCCAGCCCUGUCCCGACAACGAAAUCCUCUUUCAAGGUUUCGAGUGGCACGUCCCCGCCGACGGGCAGCACUGGAUCCGAUUGCGGAACGCGAUCCCCUCGCUCGCGUUUUUGGGCGUCACCAAGCUUUGGAUCCCGCCAGCGUGCAAGGCGGCGGAUGGACGAGCUGGUAACGGGUAUGAUGUGUAUGAUUUGUGGGAUUUAGGGGAGUUUGAGCAGAAGGGGUCGCGCAGAACGAAGUGGGGGAGUAAAAGGGAGUUGGUGGAGAUGGCUGAGGAGGCGGAGAGGCAUGGUGUGCGGGUGUUGUUCGAUGCGGUGAUAAAUCAUAAAGCCGGAGGGGAUUUUGUGGAGAGAGCUGUUGCGACGAAGAUGGAUGAUAAGGACCGGAGGAGAGAGAUGGGCCCUUCGAGGGAGAUUGGAGCGUGGACUGGGUUUGAGUUUCAUGGACGAGGAGGGCAAUAUAGCUCGAUGAAGUGGCGCAAGGAACACUUCACGGGAGUUGACUAUGAUGAUAAUGGGAGAGAAAAGGGAGUGUGGAAAUUCCAGGGAAAGGAGUGGGCCGAGGAUGUGGAUGAAGAGUUGGGGAAUUAUGACUUCCUGAUGUUUGCGGAUAUCGACCAUCGGCACCCUGAAGUGAGAGCAGAGCUUUUCCGUUGGGUUAAGUGGCUACCAACCCAGUUGCGGCUGGGUGGCUUGCGGCUUGAUGCGCUCAAGCAUUACAGUUUGCAGUUUCUGCGGGACUUACUUUUUCAUUUGGACUCCCAUGGCCUACGAGAUUGGUUCAUCGUUGGCGAAUACUGGCGCGAAGACUCUGAAUUCCUUGCCAAGCUUAUUGACUUCGUGAACCAUCGUUUAUCACUUUUUGACAUUCAGCUCGUAUCGAACUUUAGCAAGAUCUCCUUGUUGCAGGAGAGGGGGGACUUGAGAAAAAUAUUCGAUGAUUCGCUAUGUCUAUGGAGACCCCAUAAUGCAGUGACAUUUGUCACCAAUCACGAUACUCAACCAGGACAGCCUUUAGGGACGCCCAUCGCUCCAUUCUUCGUCCCAUUCGCUUACGCCCUCAUCUUGCUUCGUGCCAACACAGGACUUCCAUGUGUUUUCUAUGCAGAUUUAUAUGGCUACGUCGCUCAACCGUCACAUCCUGCCCUUCCAGGUCUCAUUACACCACCUUGCGGUGGGGUAGUAAUACCUAAGAUGAUGCUCGCCCGAAAGUUUUGGGCCUAUGGUUCGCAGUACGAUUACUUCGACGAUCCUCGAUGUGUGGGCUUUACGCGUGAAGGCCAUCCCUCGAAAUCAGGGGGCAAUGGAUUGGCCGUUGUUAUGACCAACGGAUGGGAAUAUGCCAGUAAGCGGAUGUUUGUUGGGAAACACCACGCUGGCGAGAUGUGGACAGAUCUAUUGAGGUGGUGUCCUGGACAGGUCAUCAUCGAUGAGAACGGAUGGGGCAUAUUCCCGGUAGGACAUCGGAGCGUUGCUGUUUGGGUGAAUGCAGCUGCAGACAACCGAGGGGCAGUAGAUGCUUACGUCUUCAAUAUUGAUAUCUACAAAUCUUAA